UACAGCCGACGAUUCAAUUCAUGAGCGAAUCUCAAACUUGGCUUGGGAAAUGACUUUGCUUACGUAAGUGUGCCUCGACCUGGGCCGACCUCCAGCGAGACGAAGCUCGCAAGUCUUGAAAUAGGUCGUUUGGUCUGCUCACGACAGUACAAAGAAGAGCGUGACAGCUCAGAGACAUCGUCGCAGCGAUAAAGAAGCUCAGAUAGGACAAGACUUCGCCUGGCGUUCCGCCCGCGCCCGAAACCUCAGUCGUCGCCCAUCGCUAUCGCUCCACAUCCCAGAUCCUUUACCAUGUCAAAAUCAUCGACCGCGGCCUCCAGCAGCGGCCCCAGCGUGGGCAGCAGCAAUAGUAGCAGCUCGGUCAGCUCAAAUACAUCUGCUCAAUUCCAAAAUUCCAUCUCGACCCUCGUAGCGAACUAUUCCUCCUCGACUCCACCACGGCUCAAGUUGAUUGACUCGUUCCUCUUGUUCUGUCUCCUGUCUGGAGGUCUACAGAUGGCCUACCGGAUACUCGUGACUAGCUAUCCAUACAACUCUUUUCUGGGAGGAUUCGGCUCAACCGUCGGACAGUUCGUGCUCCUGGCUGGUCUCAGAUCUCAAGUCGCCCCUGGUCGAGACGCAGAAUUCAAAGAAGUGUCCAAAGAGAGAGCGUUUGCAGACUUUUGCGCGGCGUCCAUCAUUUUGCACUUGUUCGCAGUCAACUUCCUGGGUUAGACAGCAUUCACACAGAAUUGCGCAUUCCAGUGGAUCUGUACAAUAGAGAGAACAACCCGAAAAGUAUCCAAUGCAGGGUAUACGUACAGAGA